AUGUCCGACUCUGCUGCACCAGAGCGUCCCCUUCCUCAGCUCCCCUUUUAUUCAGUCGAAUAUCCUGGUUAUGUGCGCCCAACGUCUAUACCCAUUGCCAUCGAGUCAUUAGGAGGCCAAUCCAAGCUCGACAAUGCGUUCAAACGCAAGACUGAGGCUCUUCUCGAGCUCCAUCUACGUCCCGGCAACCCAUUUGCGCAUCCCAUUCCGGGAGAUAUUGUCGCCACGAAUAACAUCCUUCUCAAAGUUACAAAGAGAAAGCGGAAAAGGCGUCACGACGCUCCAGAGGAUGGUGCCAUUGGUGAAUAUAAAGUGGAUGCCGUUGGCGUAAUAUCAAAAACUGUGCGCUUCAGAAGCAUGGUCGAUUAUCAGUUUCUACCGGACAUGAAUGAUCCCCUUGCAAAGUUGCGCCUUGCGAUGGACAGUAUGGAUGUUGAGACCAUUCACGCGUACAAAAUUCCCGAUCUACUCUCUGACAAAGAGCCGUCCACCACACAAUUCGUUCAGCCUGCCGUAGACGCCAACCUAGAUCCCCAGCUUUUAGCCCUUUCUCCAGAAUCACAACAAAACACCGUCACGCGCAGCAACCUACGCCUAUUCCCACCUCCACUGUUCAGCAGGCAGACUAUUCCCCAAGGAUACAACUUCAAAGGAAAUCCUGCGUCCAUGGUAUCCAUUUCGGUGGACGAGCAGACGGGAGAAGAGAAGAAACGGCUUAUCAAUAAAAUGCGCUGGAAGGGAUAUGGUCCUGCUGCUAUUAUGUUCUCGGAUCCCCACGUUCCUUUGAAACCACCAGACGCUGUUGAAAAGGGAAGGGACCAAAUUAGUGAAGUAAUCCUUGCGAAACUACAAGCUGUCUUCGUCGAUCGUCCAAUAUGGACGCGCAUGUCCCUCUUUAACCAAUUUGCACCUCUGGAGACUCGCGAAAUUUUGAAUUCAAAGCUGCUGCUCCCUCUUGUUUGCUAUGUAUUUCAAGAUGGACCUUGGCGCGAUACUCUUGUUAGGUUCGGAUACGACCCUCGCAGUGAUCCUAGUGCUCGAUUCUACCAGCGUCUAUAUUUCCGAAACGCGAACCAUCCUAUUGCGCGUCCAUCAGUGAUCACUCGAAGGCAGGAUAGAUCACAGGGCAACGAGCAUCUACGCGGGCUGGACACGUCGGGUGGAGAAGCGGACAAAAAGAACUCUCACAUAUUCGACGGCAAAACGGUUACGAAAGAGACGGCAGCGUUCCAGCUUUGCGAUAUUGUUGACCCAAUGUUGCAGGAGAUGAUCCAAGACCCGGAGGGCCUACGUGAAACUUGCGAUGAACGCGACGGGUGGUACACAACUCAUUCGUUUGAGCGAAUUAAGACUGUCCUCCGGCACAAGUUUUUCUCCGUUCUUGAAGGUCAUCCAGCGACGGAUGAGGAAUGUAGGGCCCUGUUGUCAGCUAAUGAGGGAUCAGCAAAGGCGACGAGCUCCAGCCGGAGUCAGAAGUUGCGAGCUGGAAAACAUAAUAUGGCGAAAGGUGCACUACGACCUGAGGAUGCUGCGGCGAUGCGUUUGAGGGCCACCUUGGAUCGGAAUGCCAAAUCUUUCCAGCCCCAGAGGUAG